AUGGGAGAUAUUCUCUUCAACAGAAAACACUUCAAGAACUACAACCAGCAGCUCAUUGGGGCUACAACACGCUUCAUCCGGGAUCUUGUGAAGUCACAAAAGCACAUAUUUAGGCGAAUACUUGACACUGUGAAGUUUCUCUGGGUUUUCCUGCUCCGUCUUACUGAAGAUGUAAUAUCAGGUCUGAAGUCUCUCUGUAAAGACAGCUUGGACAUCUCUAAGGUGCUUCGCCUUGAGAAAUCUCUGCUGAGCAAACAACAGAACAAGGGCAGGGAUGUCAAUCAUGACAGUAUUCAUCAGUUCUACAAAAACUGGCUCUCCAGACAAGACACAGAAGCAUCAUUGGACAAGUCCAAAGAGGAUAUACAGGAAAUAAUCUCCACUCCUCCAGCCAUGAGCAGAUACCCAUGUGGCUAUGUCAAACUCAACAGUGUCCACUCAUGGGGCAGCAGCCUUUCCAGCUGCCAGACUGACGACACUCCUCUAGUAACACGCCAGCCAACUCAAGAAGACUUGGAUGCCCUGGAUCUUACGCAAAUGGAUGAUGUCCAGCAGUGCAAAAAUGGAGAUGUCCCGUCAGAAAAUCCUGAGUACAAUGAAGAGCUGAAGGAUCAUGAUGAAGGAUUUGAAAUGGUAACAGAUGGAUGGACAAAUGAAGAAAAUACACCUAACGUUGUGUUGCCAGAAUUUCCCGGAUUGAAUCAUCUGCAUGAGGCAAAAAAUGAAGAGAUCCAAGAGCCCAGAAUGCUCAAUCAAGAGACCAGAGCACUUACUGCCAGUGAAUUGCUGCUUAACAAAAUCUUUGAUAUUCCAGAGAUUGAGGAUUCUGAGAGGUUCUACUCUUCAUUACCAUGUGGUGUGCGUCUCAUCUUUGCUCUCUACAAUUUGAUGGAGUCUCAGUCAGAGAUGUUCUGUUACUUUGUGAUUAUCUUAAAUCACAUGGUCUCUGCCUCUCUGCUAACACUCUUCCUGCCCAUCCUCAUCUUCCUGUGGGCCAUGCUGUCAGUGCCACGACCAACCAAGCGCUUCUGGAUGACAGCUAUCAUCUACACUCAGCUCACAGUUGUGGUGAAGUACUUUUUCCAGUUUGGCUUCUUCCCAUGGACUACAUCAGCCUAUCGUGGCAUUAAUGCGGAGCGUGCAUUUGCAGUUCCCAACAUAGUUGGAGUUGAGAAGAAAGAUGGCUACGUCCUGGUAGACCUCAUCCAGUUAAUUGCGCUGUUCUUCCAUCGCUCCAUCCUUAAGGGUCAUGGUUUGUGGGAUAACAAGGAGGUGGAGAUGCCUGACUUUUUUAAGAAGCUAAAGAGGAAAACAGAGAAAAACAAGAUGACUGGAGGAUCAAGACGACGAGAAGAAAACACAAGCAGACGAAUUCCCUUCUUUUCUCUUCAGGCUUCAUGCGCUUCUUUAUUUCGGAGACAGAGAGCUGAGAGCCCUGAGAGACAGGAUGAGAACCAUAGCAGGAAAAAGCAUUCACAGAAGAAGCGCCAGAGGAAUGUGCCGUUAAGCAGGAAGGAGCGAAUGAAGAAGUACAUGAAUGACCGACUGCUGGAGGCCAAAGCUGCUGUCAUUGAGCUAGCUCUACACAUAUACUUACCCAUAAGGCAAUUCUUCUAUGACAUCAUACACCCCGAGUACAGCCCUGUGUGUGAUGUGUAUGCCCUGAUGUUCUUGAUAGAUGUGGUGAACUUCAUCAUCAUUAUAUUUGGAUAUUGGGCUUUUGGAAAACACAGCGCAGCCGCUGAUAUAACAGAGUCACUGUCAGAAGACCAGGUUCCUGAGGCCUUCCUCGUCAUGCUUCUCAUCCAGUUCAGCACCAUGAUUGUGGACCGAGCACUCUAUCUCCGUAAAACUCUGCUUGGGAAGUGUGUUUUCCAGGUUGUGCUUGUGUUUGGGAUCCACUUCUGGAUGUUCUUCAUACUGCCUGGUGUCACAGAGAGGAGAUUCAACCGGAAUCGAGUUGCUCAACUGUGGUACUUUGUCAAGUGCAUCUACUUUGGUCUCUCAGCCUACCAGAUCAAAUGUGGCUACCCAAACCGUGUUCUUGGGAAUUUUCUUACCAAGAACCACAACUACUUCAACCUCUUCCUCUUUCAGGGGUUCCGAUUAGUUCCGUUCCUGACCGAGUUGAGGGCCGUGAUGGACUGGGUGUGGACAGACACCACUCUUAGCCUAUCUAACUGGAUCUGUGUGGAGGACAUCUAUGCCAACAUCUUUAUCCUCAAGUGCUGGAGGGAAGCAGAAAAGAAAUACCCUCAUCGACGUGGACAGAGGAAGAAGAAGGUGGUGAAAUACACCAUGGGUGGCUUCAUCAUUUUUGCUCUCAUCUGCAUCGUCUGGUUUCCUCUUCUCUUCAUGUCAUUGGUUAAAUCUGUAGCAGGAGUAACCAAUCAACCUUUAGAUGUGUCCAUCCAGCUGAGCAUAUUGGGAUAUGAGCCAUUGUUCAGCAUGAGUGCUCAGGAGAACAAUUUGAUCAUAUACUCUGAAUCAGCCUUACAGAGGAUGACCAAUCACUACGCCACUUACCCGUCGGCGAUGCAGUUCAUUGUGAACUAUAUGGCAGAGGACAUAGUGACGGCAAAGAUCAAAAGUGACGCCAGUCUGCUGUGGAGCGUCAGUCCUGCCAGCCGAAAUGCCAUGAUCCAUGAACUCAGCAACUCAACACACUUCUACAUCACACUGCGCUGGACUUUACUGCGAAACGCGUCUUUGGUGAUGAAUGCAGAGGCGGCUGGUGAACACACAGUGAAGUAUGAAGACAGCGUACUGAGAGAUGAACUGGUGUCUAUGCUCAGAGGGACACAGAGCCGUCCACUGUUGCUAGAAAAUCUCCUACCAAAGUAUAUCAGAGGAACUUCCGGACCUGAUGCUAAAGUGGCCCAUCGACUUCAAGUGGAGCAUUCCAAAGGCUCGGAUGAUCGUCAUCUACAGUUCUUCCGUUCUCUGUCCAUCAAGCUGCAGCGAGGUAACGGGAGCUCCUCAGAGAUGGGGCCGCAGUGGUGGGUGGUUGAAGAGUGUUUUCCUGAGCCUCCACCCAGCAGAUGCCAGAGUAUUGAGGUGGUGGUGUUCAAUGAUAAAGUCAGUCCAUCCAGUGUGGGCUUCCUAGCUGGAUACGGCAUUGUGGGUCUGUACAUGUCCGUGGUGCUGGUCAUUGGUAAGUUUGUGCGGGAGUUCUUCACAGGCAUAUCCCGAUCCAUCAUGUACGAGGAGCUGCCGUGUGUGGACCGCGUGCUCAAACUGUGCAAUGACAUCUUUGUUGUGCGAGAGGCUGGAGAGAUGGAGAUGGAAGAGCAACUGUUUGACAAGCUCAUCUUCCUGUACCGCUCACCUGAGACCAUGAUCAAAAUGACCCACAAAAAGAACGAGUAGCAUUCAUUCAUGACUGCAUGACAGUUCUGUCACAAAUAUCAACCUCUGCACAUCUGAGAAGGACACUUUUGUGUGAAACGAGUGUCUACUAUAAGGCACCAACCAGAAAGUCAUUUUAUACAUUGUACUGCAGUACUAAAGAAUAUGAUGUGUGUUUACAUCUAUCCAUGAGUUGGUUUGAAGCUAAAGAAUACAUGGACUGAAUGAACUGAAAAGAGCAUCAAUGUAAAAUAAAUUAUAUACAUGAAUGAUAGAGGUUGGAUGAAAUUAUUUAUGCUUUAUUGACUUCACUAGUGGUAUAUCAUCAACAUUAAUACAAUGCAUGAUUAUUUAAUCUUUAAUAUUUCAAUGAGCCUUUUUUAAUCAGUUAGACUGUUUCAUAUAUUAUGCUGUCAUUCCAUAUAAUAAACCAUGGCAUGUGGAAAACAACUUGUAUUACAUUUGUAUUGCAUCUUAUUGUUUAGCUGGAAAGUUCUCAUUGAAAAUUAAGACUAACUUAAAAAUCUUUGGUCUUGAGGAAUAAUUGUAUUUAUUCAGAAGUAAAUCAUUAUUGUAAUUCAGUCCAGAGGUAAGCUAUUCCUCUAUGCAUAAAAAUAAAGGAUAUUCAGGCUGUUAAAAUACACCAUGAAAUCAAAUUGAAUGUUUUUGCUGGUUUUACUCUAUAUCUUCUACCUUUACCAUCAUCUAUAUGCAAGUGUACUUCUAAAUGUUGACUGAAUGAGACAUGUCUAGUUCAGUCGUGAACAAUGUCUCAGGCUGCUAGCAAUCACAUCACUUCCUCCAUGGCACAAGCUGAUGACUUGACUGAUUUGAUUUGAAAAGUGAAUAAUUCAGAGCAAUGAAUCAGAGCAAUUGUAUAAAAAUAUACAUUUUUAAUAAUACAAAUGAUAUAUCUUUAUUUAUUUAUUUACUUCUAAUCUAUACAUUUAUGCUAUGUUUUUGGGGAUAUACUGUAUGUUUUUCUUUUGUUUGUUUUAUCUAUUUACCACAAAGUUACUCAACUAUGCCAUUAGUUUGCUUAUGAAAUGUUACAUUUUAAUAAUAAAAAAACAUUUGAAUGAUGCUCAAAAUGUUCAUUCCACAUUGUAUUUGUGCUCUAGUACUAGGGCUUCAUUUAUACAGAAAUUUUCAGAUUUAUGCU